AUGACUUUUCUGGCUGCACCAGCUCUCCGUAAAUUCAAGUUAAGGGGAGAGAAAGGCAGGAGGGGAGCAAGCAGACAGCACAGCUGGUGUCUGCAGACAUGACAAGAGGUGUAGCUGCUUGCAACAAUAGCAAUAACAUCCAAACAGUGGAUUAUUACUGGACAUACAUCACUUCCUCUGUGCACAGAGGAAGAGGAGAAGGAGGUAAUGGGAGAAGAAUUGGAGGAAGAGGAGAAGGAGGUAAUGGGAGCAGAAUUGGAGGAGGAGGAGGAGGAGGUAAUGGGAGCAGAAGUGGAGGAAGAGAAGAAGUGGGUGAUGGAAGUAGAAGUGGAGGAAGAGGAGAAGGAGGUAAUGGAAGCAGAAGUGGAGGAAGAGGAGAAGGAGGUGAUGGAAGCAGAAGAAAUUGAGGAAGGAGAGGAGGAGGAAAGAGAAAUUGAGAUUGAGAGUGACAUUAAUGGGAAUGAGGAGGGGGAGGAGGAGGAAGACAGGCAGGUGAGGGGAGAAGAGCAGGUUGAGGAGGACGAUGAUGACGAAGAGGAGCAUCACGAACAGGAGCAAAUUGGACAGUAUCACCUGACGGAGCAAGACAGAGAACACAUGAGAACUGAGGAUGAAAACAGUCAGCAAAAUCAAGAAAGCACAAGCCGAGAACAUGAAGCAGUCCAUGAGAACGAAAACUUGCCUGAUUCAGUGGAAUCUGAUGAUGAAGAUUCAGACUUCACAGGAUCUGAGAAUGAAUGCUACAUCUUUGAAAGAAUAAAGGAUGAAGAGAGAGCUGUUGAGAAACAGUCGAAGCUAAGAGGCAAGGAAGCAGUUGCAGAAGAAGAGUUUGAUGAUAACAAAAAGCUUGAAGAGGAAGAGUCUACAGAUGACGAGGAAGCAGAACAUUCAGCCGACGAAGACGUAGAUAAUAGUGACGAAGAUAUGGUGAAGAUUUACCGCAAAGAUGAUUAUCUCACUGACAUAUUCGGCACCUUGACCGAGUUCAGGGACUCCUCCCUUCUCACUGACCUGACUUUGAGCACAGAGGAUGGGAAGAGUCUCCACGUACACUCCCCUGUCCUGGCUGCUGUCAGCUCCCUUAUACGAGAAAGUCUGAGUACAAGAAAUGUAGACAAUGAUACAGUUGAUGGAAGAAAAGAUGGAGUUCAGAGAUGGUCGGUGUCUUUAGGUCCAGAAGUGGAUCAUUUUGGUUUAGAGGCAGUUGUGGACUUUGCCUAUACUGGUCUUGUAUUAGGUUUGAACAAGGACACCGUGCACCAGAUUAAGGCUGCGGCUCAAGCAAUGGGCGCCCCCAGAUUGCUGGAGAUCUGCACCAAGGAAGCAGAAAAGCCCACAAAAACUGGAGGGCCAAAGGAAGAUGAAAGAAUCUUGGCCGCAGAACAAAUGAUGAUCAGUCUCCAGUCUAUCAAACAGCUGUGGAUGGACAGACUGGGCUGCGAUGUAGUUCUUGAAGCUCUCGGAGGAUCACUUCAUGUCCACAGGGUCAUCCUCGCUGUGGUGAGUGACUACUUCCGUAGCAUGUUUACCUUGGGGAUGAUGGAGUCCCAUCAGUUCUGUGUGGCCCUUCCCUUCCUUUUGGCUUCCGAGCUGGAGGUUCUAAUUGACUGCUCCUACAGCGGGGCUCUCCCACUCAGCUGGAGGUGUGUUUUUGAGAUCACCAGCACUGCUCUCCAGCUCCAGUACCAACCCGCCCUCUCCUUGUGCCUCAGCUUCCUACAACAAGAAAUAAAUCCUCACUCCUGCCUGGAUUUGGCCUCUUUUGCUGCGGCCUAUGAAAUGGUGCAGCUUCGUGAAGUUGCAGACGAUUUUGUCUUGCGGCAAUUCCAAAAAGUGGCAUGCACCCCAAAGUUUAAGGACCUGCCAGCAAAACAGCUCUUGAGGUACCUGAAAAGUCAUUCACUCUGUGUUCCGUCUGAGCUUGUUGUAUUCAGAGCAGUGGUGGCAUGGAUCCAAGCAAGGCCAAAGAAAAGGCUGAAGCUUGCUAAAGAACUAAUGAAAACCAUCCACUUUCCCCUGAUGACAUUCAAGGAAUUCAAAGAGGUCCAAUCUCUGAACAUGUGGUCUGAUCACAGCCUGGCAGAGCUCUAUGAAGCAGUUUUUGAGGAUUUCUGCUCGAAUGAGACUGCGCCACAGAGUCAGUACCGCAUCUAUCUGCCAAAAGAGAGUCUGGUCUUGAUUGGAGGUGACCAGACCUCUGAGGACCUGGGUAGCCGCAGCAUCAGCAGAGAACUCUGGUUUGGGAAUUCCUUAAUGAACCACACAGGGAUAAGAAAGGCCAUGGAAUGGAGAAGGUUGGGAGAGAUGCCAGAUCCAGCGAGGUUCAGCCAUGAGGUGACUGUUGUCAAAGGACAACUUUAUGUGUUUGGAGGCAAGAAGUAUUAUGGCACCAGCGACACCCUGAAUUCUGUUUACAGGUAUGACCCCAUUCAAAACAGCUGGGAGAGCUUGGCUGAAAUGCACGAAAAGAGAUGCUCUUUCUCUGUGGUUGUGCUGGAUGGGAAGAUGUAUGCCAUCGGAGGAAACUGUGACUCUGAGUAUAUAGAGAGUGUGGAACGAUACUGCCCCAUUGCAAACUCUUGGAGCUUCACCAGGCCAUUGGAUCUGCCCCUGGGAGCCCAUGUAGCAAAGGUUUUACAUGGGCAGAUCUUUGUGUCAGGAGGGCUGAGCAGCGACUACCAAUGUCUUGCAUCCAUGUUUUUGUAUCACCCAGAGACAGGAAGCAUGUAUUUGGCAAAUAUGGCUAAGCCUCGAGCUCAUCACUGCAUGGAGAUCCUGGGCGAAUGCCUCUAUGUGGCAGGUGGAAUCACAACAGAUGAUAGCAUGACUUUUGUUGACCAGCUAGCUUGUGAGGUGUACAAUCCAGCGGCUAACUCCUGGACUGCCAUCACGGUUUUGCCAGUGCCACAUGUAGGAGCGGGAAGUGCAGUGUUGGAGGGAAAGUUUUAUGUGCUUGGUGGAUACAGCCAGGAGGACUACAGUGACACAAAGAUGGUCCAUCGUUUUGACCCCACCAUACAGAGAUGGGAGAAUAUGGGCAAGAUGCCAGGGCCAAACAAUGAUAUACGAGCAUCUCUGCUGUGUUUGCCACCAAAUUUCAGAUUGUAA